CCCAAAGACCCCAACUUCCCCUGCCAAUCCUCUGUGCGCAGAACACACUCCAACCCCAUCCUACCACCUUGAAUCACUCGUAGCCUUUCUUCUUCCUCCAUCCACCAACCAUGGCCAGACCCCAGCAGCGAUACCGAGGCGUUCGCCAGCGGCAUUGGGGCUCUUGGGUCUCCGAAAUUCGCCAUCCUCUCCUGAAGACGAGAAUCUGGCUAGGCACGUUUGAAACGGCAGAGGACGCUGCGAGAGCGUACGACGAGGCAGCGAGGCUCAUGUGCGGACCGAGAGCGCGCACCAACUUUCCCUACGACCCCAACCAGCCUCCUCACUCUUCUUCCUCGAACCACCUCUCCGCAACUCUCACAGCCAAACUACAGAGAUGUCACAUGGCUUCUCUGCAAAUGGCCUCGAAGAGGAAUUCCGCCGCAGCCGGAGAGACGGCCGCCUCUGGCGACGGCAAUGCAGGAAAGAAUGGCGAAAUGGGUGCCGGCGGUCGGUUGCCGGUGAUGAAGAGUUGUGUGAGGACGAGUGGGAAUGGACAGGAAAGUGAAUUGGCGGAGAGUUCGCAGCAAGUGAAGCGCCUUGAAGAUGAUCACAUAGAGCAGAUGAUUGAGGAAUUGCUUGAUUCCGGGUCUAAUGAGCAUGCCUCUUUUAUUCCUCCUCACAAUCUGUAAUUUUUAUUUUUAUUUUUUUAUUUGGUUGGCAACUUUGAUGAAGCCAAUGCAAUUUUUUUUUUUUUUUUGUCGAAAAAAUGCUCCUCAUGAAUCAAAGCUAGAUUUAAUUA